UGGCGGCGCAGCGGGGCGAGUACCUGGAGGAGCUGGACCAGAUCUGCAUCUCCUUCGACGGCGGCAGGACCACCAUGAACUUCAUCGAGGCGGCGCUGCUCAUCCAGGGCUCCGCCUGCAUCUACAGCAAGAAGGUGGAAUAUCUCUACUCGCUGGUCUACCAGGCCCUUGACUUCAUCUCCAACAAGAAGCGGGACAAGCAGCCUGCGUCCGUGGGAGAGGACGGCCACGAUGCUGAUGCCACCGUUAGGACCGGGACGGAGGAGGAAGAGUUCCUCUCGCUGGAUGACAUUCAGGAUGCGUCUGCAGAUAAUGUGAACAUGAGGAAGGACCAUCAGCCCAGCACCGUGAACAUCGUCCCCUUGACUCCCAUGGCCCUGGUGCCUCCGGAGGAAGCUGAGAAGAAGGGCAACCCCCUGUUCAGCCGGAAGGGAGAGAUCCUGGCCAGCCGGAAGGACUUCCGCAUGAACACGUGCACCCCUCACCCCAGCGGCGCCUUCAUGCUGGAGCUGGCCGGCCUCUCGCCCAUGCAGCACCUCGAGGCGCAGCGCCAGGACGGGAACCGUGGCACAGCGGCAGCCCCGACAGGACUGCAGCCUGCCGCCCCGGGGGGCGGAGACGGGUCCAGGGAGGUCAGUGUCUGCGAGGCCCCCAUCCCGGUCCUGAACUUCUCAGAUGAUGGAGGUGCAGCAGUGCCCGAGUGUGACGCUGAUGACGAUGGAGGCGGUGAUGGUGGCGGUGGUUUCCUUCCUGAUGUCCCGGAGGAGGACGUGGAGGCAGCUCCAGCUGUUGUCGAGCACGUUGAGCAGCAGAAGUGCGCUUCCCAGACAAAGGGCUACAUGCUGCGGGAGAGGGCCGCUGCCAUGGACCACAGCGCACACAUAAAGGAGAUGCUGGAUCCGUGGCGAAGCCUCGACCCUUUUGACAACUCUGAGGACAAGCCCUUUAAAAAAGGGAGACCCUUCUCAGUGCCGCGUGGCCUGGACGACCAGCCUGGCAGCAAGCGGAAGAGGCGGCUCAGCAAGCUGCAGGACUUUAUGAAGUGGUUCACAGCCACCCAGCACAGCGGAGCUGACAGCAGAAGGACAAGGAGGAAAGGGCCCACGUUUGCUGAUCUGGAGCUUAUGUAUUGGAGGCAGCUGCGGGAGCGGAUGAAUGUGCAGAGGAAGCUGCAGAGGAGGAUGGGGCUGCAGCUGAUGCAUCCACUGGAGCAUCAGCCCGACGAGCCCGAGGAGGAGCUGCCUGUCGUGGAGGUGGAGCAGGAGGACAACUACCUGGACCAUGAUGACGGUGAGGCAGACGACUUCCUGGAGCCCGAGAACAUCCCGCUGGAGCCCCUCGUGGAGCUGGCCGAGGGUGUGCCAGGCCCCACGGACAUCCCCGAGUCGCUGAGCUACGAGGAGCUGGUGCGGAAGAACGUGGAGCUGUUCAUAGCCAACUCCCAGAAGUACGCGCGGGAGACCGUGCUGUCCCGGCGCAUCUGCGACUGGGAGGACAAGAUGGGACCACUGCUGCAGGAGCAGGAGGACCGGGCCGUCUUUGACAUCCACAGCUACGGGGACCGGCUGGCAUCGCGCUUUGAUCGCGUGGGGGAAUGGCGCUCCUUCGCCAGCCUGGUGGCUGGGCAGCCGGCCUUCGAAGUGUGUCGCUACAUGCUGGCCUCGCUGCAGCUGGCCAAUGACUACUCAGUGGAGGUGGCGCAGGAGCCUGGGCUGGAGGAAGCCGUGGACACCAUGCGGUUGCGCCUGCUCACGCAGGAGCGGGCACACGAGCGGUUCCACACCUACACGGCCCCGUCUGUCUCCAGCACCUGAUGGCCUCCCCGAGUGGCUGCGGUCCUGCCGCCUGUACAUAGUGAGCCCCUUGGACAUCCCUACUUCCCCCCUCAGCCGGGGGCCCUACCCUUACUCUCCGCCCCCUCGUGCAAUAAAUUGGCUGUUUUGUACCGGCUGUCUCCAUGCUUGUGGGUAGGGGCUGGCUGCUCCCCCCCACAAAGCCCC